AUGGCUAAACUUGUGUUUGGCGAAGAAAAUGUUAUGUCUAUUUCAUUCCAUGCGCCAUUACGAGCAACAGAAAUUCCAUUAACAUCAGCUUUGGAAUCUGCACCAAAUAACGAAAGAAGCAUAAAUAUUGAACCAAAAACAAAUUUGCUGUCAGCUUCAGAAGAAAAUAACGAUUUUUCAAAAAUAGAAUUCCCGAAACUUAUGAAUCAUAAUACAUAUGGCACUUCUCCAAAGAUAAUAAAUAUGUGCAUACAAUGCUUGAACAAAAUUUUGAAUCGCAUGGCUUGGGAUUCUUAUUUAGCUACUGUUGGUAGUUAUUUGCCUAGAAGACAUACAUCCAGUGCCACAAUUAAAGUACAACCUACAACAAUAAGCCGAAGAACGACUUUAAUUCAAGGAACAAAAUGUUUCACAGGUCGUCGGCCUUCGAAAGAUUCUUCAAAACGAACAAAAAUCAAACGACCGAAAAUUUGCACAUUAAUGUUGACAAUAAUGUCCCAAACACAACAGGACAUUGAUUUGUAUUGCCCUACGAGUUAUUAA